UGAAAGGUGAAGAGACUGUGGUGAAGACCGGGUGAAAGUUUUUGUUUACUUGCACGUCCGCAACCGAGAUUCUUCGAGCUAAACGUAAACAUCAUAUUCGUGUGGCUCCAGCUUACGUAGCGAUAUGGGGGGAAUUCAUUAACCGCACUCAAACGUUAAUAUGAGAAGCACAGCAGCUGAAAGGCUUGCACGUCAUCUGAAGCGGUCAAGCCCGCAAUUCAGUUCUAAUCUGGAUGACUAUUAAACUAUGCAAGUUGCGCAUAAAUAUCAUAAUUGGGAUUACGCAAUCUGUCGCCGUCUCAGUAACUAGUUCAACGCUUAUCAGCAUCCGGAUUUGAUUUUAUCUUCGUAUGUGCUAUCAACGUGCGCGUGAUAAUUCCCUACCGAAAUUGGAAGUCCAUGCAGUGUGUAUAGUUUUGUGCUAAUUGGAAGGUUGUGAAAUGUUUCCGCAAUGGGUUGGGCUGGUCGUGGCAAUCGUUCUGAACACCGCAUCGCCGAUUCUCGCACAGAAUGCUUCGUUUAACGCGACGUUCGGUCAAAGGCGCCUCGAAAUUCACAUGAACACGGUGGAAACAGUCAACUUGACCCUUACAAAUGUUAAUGUUCCUCACGGAACACCAUACAAAUUCCAAGUGCGAAGCGAUAAGCAGGAGCUGGCCAUAGCGGACAAGGUCAUUGAAGCGAGUGAAAUCAAUGAGAACACGAAAAGCUGGUUCGGCACUUUUGAUGUUCAGGCUGAGUUCCUUGGGAACGCCAAGGUGUACGUCGAGUUGCAAGUAGGGGAAAACAGCAUUCCAUCUAACGAGAAAUUGGACGUGGUUAUUAUCCGGGAAGUUCGUGUCAUAGACCAUGUGUUCACAGGAUCCGUGGCACUACUCGUGUCCCUCCUUUACAUCAAUUUCGGCGCGGCCCUAGAUCUCAGCACCUUAAAGGGGAUCGUCAGACGACCCAUCGGACCUGCGAUCGGAUUCACCAGUCAGUUCCUCCUUAUGCCGCUGCUGAGUUUCGGAUUGGGCUACGUUCUAUUCCCUGACUCUGUGGAACUUCAGUUGGGAAUGUUUUUCACAGGAGUAUCGCCCGCCGGAGGUGCCUCAAACAUUUGGACUGUGAUUUUGCAAGGAAAUAUAAACCUUUCCAUAGCAAUGACGGCCAUAGGAAAUUUUGCAGCAUUUGGAAUGAUGCCUCUUUGGAUUUUCACUCUGGGAAGGUUAAUAUUCGAACGCGGAAAUUUGGUGGUUCCAUACGAGAAUAUUGCCACGUUCGCGGUGUCUCUGGUGGUCCCACUGACUAUAGGCAUCCUUAUUCAAAGAUUUCGUCCAGGCGCCGGAAGGAUUUUAGUGCGAUUAUUAAAGCCAGUAUCGUUUUUGCUGAUACUGUUCAUUAUUAUCUUCGCGAUUGUGACGAACCUGUAUUUAUUCCAGCUUUUUUCGUGGCAGAUUGUCGUUGCUGGACUUGGAUUACCGUGGUUAGGUUAUAUUUUCGGUUGGAUACUAGCGAAAAUUCUAAAACAAUCGUCCGCUGAUGCAUUAACUAUAGCUAUAGAGACUGGAAUACAAAAUACAGGGAUCGCCAUAUUUCUCUUACGGUUUAGUCUGCCGCAACCACAAGCGGACCUAACCACUGUAGUACCGGUAUGUGUUGCUAUAAUGACACCCCUACCACUGCUUCUUAUGUAUUUGUGGCAAAAAAUACGACCAGGGCGAAGAGACCCCGAAACAGUGUUGGAUACUAAACAAAGAGAUGCAUGUGAUAUUUAUGACGACUCAAAUGCCUUAAAUCCCGUCCUGCGAACUGUUCAGGCCUAAGUUUCUAAAAAUGUGAUUAAACGCAGCUUAUAGAUAUUGAACUAAGAUUUACCUUCUGUGAACGAACGAACUUUUAUAGUGUGAUACACGUCUGGGACCAUGUUAUAUUAACAAAAACACUUUGUAGAACAAAUUUUUUACUUUUUUUUAAAUAUAUUGUUUACAAAAUCA